AUGGGGAAGCUUGGUCCCUGCCGCCCUUUGCCUCUCUUCCCUCCCUUCCGUCCCUUCCCUUUCUUUCCUCUGUCCCCUUCCUUCCUUCCUUCCUUCCCUUCCUCUCUUCGUUUCCCUUCCUUCCCUCUUCCCUUCCUCACUCCUUCCCUUCCAUUCCCUUGCUUUGUUUCUCCUUCCUUCCCCUUCCCUUCCCUUCUCUCUCCCUUCUUUCCUCCCCUUUCUUUCUUUCCUUCUUCCCUUCUGUCCCUUUGCCUCUCCUCCUUCCUUCCUUCCAUCCAUCCAUCCAUCUUUCCCUUCCUUCCCCUUGUCUCUUCUUCUUCCUCAUUCCUUCCCUUCUUCCAUUCCCUCCUUUGUCUUUUCUUCUUACCCUCUCUUCUCUUUCCCUCUCUUCCUUCCUCCCUUCCUUCCUGCCUCCCUUCCUCACUCCUUUCCUUCUUCCUUUCCCUCCCUUUGUCUUUUCUCCUUCCUUUCCCUUCUUUUUCUCUCCCUUUCUCCCUCCCAUCCAUCCUUCCUUCCUCCCCUCUUUCAUUCUUUACUUCCUUCCCUUCCUUCCCUUCCUCUCCUUCCCUUUCUUCCCUUCCACCCUCUUUCCUCCCCUUGUCACUUCCUCUUUCCUUCCUUCCUGCUUCCCUUGUUAUUUCUUUCCUUCCUGCCUGCCUGCCUCCCUCCUUCCGUUCCCUCCCUUUGUCUUCCUCCCUUCCCUUCUUCCCUUCCUUCCUCUCCUCACCUUCCUUCCUCCUCCUCUGCAGCUCCCAUCAUCCCCAGUCCCAAUGCCUCCACACCAGACCCACGGCCUCCCCUUCUUUCCUUGCCACUGGCCAUUCUGCUGGGGACGAUGGGAGCUGCACCCUCCCAGGCGGACUCCGCUUCCCAUCGCCCUGGACCUGCUCGUCCAGUCCCGCUCCCGCCUUUGAUACCAAAGAGGAAAAAUCCGACGGAGGGGCGGUGUGUGUGUGUGUGUGGGGGGGGGGGGGGGUUUACCGCAGGAUGUCUUACGAUUCUCAUUCCCGUUGUUGUUGUUGUUUGUGGGUCGGGGGCGGUCCAGCCGAGGCCGGGACCAUUCUGUAUAAUUUAUUACACCUUUUUCUUAUACUUGGCAGAAUUGUAUUGUUUUAUGGGACAUAAAGAGAACGUGCAUUUUCCUA